AUGGCUUUGAACGACAAUCAAAAACAGGCCCUCGAGAUACACAAUCGUGCUCGUGCUACCCAACACCUCCAACCGUUGCAGUGGGACGAAGGCCUCGCUCGCGAUGCUCAUCAGUGGGCAGAGCGAAUCGCUCGGGAGGGCAAACUGCAGCAUUCUUCCGGCUCGGGUCAGGGAGAGAACCUUUACUGGGCUUCAUCCAGCGGAAACCCGCUCCAAGCUGCUGCUCAAGCAUGGAUCAAUGAACGGAGUAGCUAUCACGGGCAGAAGAUUCCUGAAGGCAACUUUGGCUCGUAUGGACAUUAUACACAGUGCAUGUGGCGCAGUACCAGGAAGCUUGGCAUGGCUUUGGCGAGGGCUUCGAACGGCAGUGUUUACGUCGUGGCUCGGUAUUCCCCCCAAGGCAAUAUUAUUGGACAAAAGCCAUACUAG